CUUGCAAAACGCCUCCCAAAUGAACGAGGAACAUAGUGGGAGGGAAAGUGGGUUGAUCACAUGAGGACAGGGUGGAGCUCCUCGUUCCCACCCCCAGUUUAGCGUUGACCAGGAAGCAGGAUCCGCAAGGGAACCUCUAAGUAAAUUCAGGGGACAGGUUUGCAUUUCUGAUUGAGAGCACUUGAGCAACUUCUCGGCGAAAGAGGCUGAAGGGCAACAGAGCAAAGCUGCCAGAAACUGGAUCCAAAUAGCUCCGUAAAGACUUCUGAGUCUCUCUUGAAGAACAGAGAUGGACAGCUGGCAAGGAACCACCAGCCCUGUCAGCAGCAACGUGACAGAUCUAACAAUUGGUUUCACCUCCUCAGCAAUAGCUGUCAUCUUGUUUGGAACAAACUUUGUACCAGUUAAGAAAUUUGACACUGGCGAUGGAAUGUUCUUCCAGUGGAUUCUCUGUGCCGCUAUCUGGAUAGUUUCUUUGAUUGUUAACCUUAUUCAGAACAGCCCUAGAUUUUGGCCUCUUGCCAUGGUUGGCGGCUUUUUAUGGGCUACAGGUAAUGUAACAGUUGUCCCCAUUGUCAAAACCAUUGGGUUGGGCCUUGGUCUCUUAAUCUGGGCCUCUUUUAACUUGCUAACUGGUUGGGCAAGCUCAAGGUUUGGCUGGUUUGGGAUUGACCCAGAAGAAGUAGCAAAACCAGCUUUAAACUACAUUGGAGCUGGACUUUCAGUAUUAAGUGCCAUCCUAUUUCUUUUCAUAAAAAGUGAUGUUGAGAGCUCUUCACCGUCAUCGGAGAGCACCCCUCUAUUAAGACAUUCAAUCAACAGCUCUGAUCAUAGCACUGAAAACAGGACUGAUGCUUCAUGGGUAGACCAUCUUUCUCCGUUAGGAAAGAGAAUGAUAGGCUGCUCCCUGGCUGUGAUAGCUGGAAUGUUUUAUGGCUCGAGUUUUGUGCCAGUGCUUUACAUCAAGGACCAUGGCAGAAGGAAUGGAACGAAAUAUACCGGAGCAAGUCAGUUUGAUUUAGAUUACGUCUUUGCCCACUUCAGUGGCAUCUUCCUUACAAGUACCAUCUACUUCCUGAUCUAUUGUGCAGUGAUGAAAAAUAGACCUAAGGUUUAUCCUGAAGCCAUCAUCCCAGGAUUUGUUUCUGGUGUAUUGUGGGCGAUCGCCACUUCCUGCUGGUUCCUAGCAAAUCAUUACCUCAGUGCUGUGGUCAGCUUUCCAAUAAUCACAGCGGGUCCUGGCUUUAUAGCUGCAAUGUGGGGAGUCCUGGUAUUUAAAGAAAUAAAGGGGCUGAAAAACUAUCUGUUGCUUCUAAUAGCAUUUUGUGUUAUUUUGGCUGGGUCGCUCUCGACAGCUUUUUCUAAAGUCUGAAGAACCACUGCCUGAACCAGCAGGUGGAGCUGUGGCUUAAGACACGAAAGAGAAGAGAAUAUCUGGCAUUUUCUUGGAUCACUAACAUCAUCACUCUCGCCAGAGAAGCAAGGGGCAAAAGUCCAUAGAGCAAGAACUUUUUGUGGGAAAUGCAAGGCAUUCAUCAUGUUUUCCACAUUUGGGAAGAUAAGGGAAAACCUUUUUAUGUUCUCUCAGCUGGAUGAUUAUGGGCUGAAAUCCAGGUCAGAGGUUUUAAUGAUCCCAUUAUGUUUUGUAUUAUGGCUUGUUGUUUAUUGGGGUGAGGGUAACGUAUAAAAGGAAGAGUUCAGUGAA